AAAGUCUCUCCUGUGACAUGGACGCGUGUGGGAACCCUAUAGCUACAGCACUAAAUAGAGGACUAAGAACCAGAAGCAGCAUGCAAAUUAGAGAAAAAAAAAAUGGAAGCAGCUUCCUGGUUGAGCUUGCCACUCCUCUUAACCCUAAUUUUUGUCUCAAAAUUUAUUUUACAAAAACUUGUAAACAAUAAAAAUUACCCUCCCAGCCCCCCUUCUCUUCCAAUUUUAGGACAUCUCCAUUUGCUUAAGGUACCAUUUCAUCGAACUCUUCAUGAGCUUUCUGCAAAAUAUGGGCAUGCGUUGCUUCUCCGAUUCGGUAGUCGUAAAGUCCUAGUUGUUUCUUCACCAGCCGCAGUUGAGGAGUGCUUUACAACAAAUGAUGUCAUCUUCGCAAAUCGGCCACGCUUGCUUGCUGGAAAACACCUUAAUUACAACUACAAGACAAUAGGAUUGUCCUCCUAUGGCGAACAGUGGCGCAACCUUAGACGCCUCGCAUCCUUAGAGCUUUUCUCUACAGCGCGUCUAGCCAUGUUUAGCAGUAUUAGGCAAGAGGAGGUCCUGUUAUUGCUCAAGCAAUUAUUCCAGGACUCGAAUGAAAAAGAGGUGAAAGUGAAGCUGUCAUCCAGGUUUGUGGAUCUUGCUUUUAAUGUCAUGAUGAGGAUGGUGGCAGGAAAACGGUAUUAUGGAAAGGAUGUAGUAGAUAAAGAAGCAAGUCAGUUUCGGGAUAUUAUGAGAGAAUUUGCAGAAAUCCAUGGUACCAUGAAUUUGAAUGAUCUUUUGCCAGUGCUACAAUGGGUGGAUUUUCAAGGCGUGGAGAGGAGAAUGAAAAGAUUGAUGAAGAAAAUGGAUACCUUUUUGCAGUACCUGGUUGAUGAGCACAGGAAAAUGAGAAGUGAAUCGUCCUUGGGUUCAUCUGGUGACAGGAAGAUGUCAUUGAUUGAUGUCCUGAUAUCACUGCAGAAGAAACAACCAGAACUCUAUAGUGACGUGGAUAUCAAAGCUUUUAUGCUGACUAUGCUGGUUGCUGGAACAGAAACUUCAGCAACUACCAUGGAAUGGGCGAUGUCACUCCUCCUCAACCAUCCACAAACAGCAAAAAAGGCCGUGGCUGAGAUAGACACCCACGUUGGAUUAGAUCGUCUACUGGAUGAAGCAGACCUAUCAAAGCUGAAUUACCUCCAAAAUGUAAUCAAUGAGACAUUUCGACUGUAUCCAGCACUUCCCUUUCUAUUGCCACAUGAAUCUUCUAAUGACUGUACUGUCUAUGGUUUUGAUGUGCCACGAGGCACAAUGUUGCUAGUCAAUCUAUGGACCAUUCACAGAGACCCUAGGCUGUGGGCGGAGCCAACUGCAUUCAUGCCAGAGAGAUUUGAAAGUGAAGAGAGUGAAGGGUAUAAGCUAAUUCCAUUUGGUGCUGGACGGCGGGCUUGUCCUGGAGCUCUUCUUGCAAGGCAAGUGAUAGGACUAGCACUCGGUGCUUUGAUUCAGGCCUUUGAAUGGGGCAGGAUUGGCAACGAGGAGAUCAACAUGACAGAAGGAACAGGACUUUCCAUGCCCAAAGCUGAGCCCUUGGAGGUUCUGUGUAAACCUCGCCAAGCUAUAACCAAUCUCCUCUCGGCCUUGUAAAGUGUAAUGAAGAAACUUCUACAGCAUCCAAGGAAAAUGGCAUACUUGCUUAAGAAGAGUAUUUGUUACCAAUAUAUAGGUUUGUAUCAUAGUAAAAAAACUCCACUAUGGACAAUGGCCGAUAAAAAACCAUGGCUUAGACUGGAUUAGAGUAGCAAGUCUUAGUUUUUGUCUUUAACUUUAUAAAUUUUAAAAUGUGAUUCUUGACGAUAAAGUAAACGCAAUCAGAUGUACACAUGCUGCUAUUACGUAAGAAAAGCAGGAUUAAUUUAUAUUA